AUCGAUUUCCUAUUGAACGCAAUUUUUGUGAUAAUAUCUCGCUUGAUUUGUCUGUUUGUUGAAUUAGUGUUCUCUUUUUCUUGUACGUAUUUUAAUUGCUAUUGGGUAUUGCCUGUUCCUUAUUUCCGAGUUCUUUCUGCUGGAUACCUUGUUGCGUUUCUACAGAAUUUGGACCCUGCGCGUUUCUGUAAUUAUUUUGCUUUGAUCGGACUAUAAGCAUCCGUUUCAUCGAUUUAAGGAUUUGCUAUUUGAAGCCCAUUCAUUUUUGUCCUGAUUUAGUUUGGAUUUCAUGAGAUUAUCACCUUGAUGAGAAGAGCCUGUUGUGUUCUCAAUCAGAUCUUAUUGAUUCAUAUUGUGAAAUGCUUAUCGCACGGCGUAGAAUUGUUUAUAUCCGUUAACAUAAUGGAUGCAAUGUUACCAAUGUUUCAAACUUUUGUAAAGUCUGCCUCAGAUUGGUUGACCUUGGCGUUGGAUACCCCAUCUGCAAGGGCUGUUGUCUUUGGAGUGCCCAUCAAAGGCCAUCUUCUUGUGGAGGGUCUUCUCUUAGUUGUAAUUCUCUUUCUUCUCUCUCAGAAAAGUUACAAGCCACCUAAAAGACCAUUGACCAAGAAGGAAGUAGAUGAAUUAUGCGACGAAUGGGUCCCGGAGCCACUUAUCCCUCCUAUUACGGAGGAUAUGAAGUAUGAACCUCCCAUACUGGAAAGUGCUGCAGGACCCCAUGUUGUGAUUGAUGGCAAAGAUGUUGUAAAUUUCACUGCCGCAAAUUACCUUGGUCUUAUAGGGCAUCCCAACCUACAAGAUUCUUGUGUCAAAGCUCUGGAAAAAUAUGGCGUAGGCUCUUGUGGUCCUCGUGGAUUUUAUGGGACAAUUGAUGUUCACCUUGAUUGUGAGGCCAGAAUAGCGAAUUUUCUUGGAACUUCUGAUUCUAUACUUUAUUCCUAUGGCCUUUCCACGAUGUUUAGUGCCAUUCCAGCAUUUUGUAAGAAGGGUGAUAUCAUUGUUGUUGAUGAAGGUGUGCAUUGGGGAAUACAAAACGGCCUUCACCUUUCCAGGAGUACCAUUAUUUACUUCAAGCACAAUGAUAUGAAGUCUUUAGAGUCUAUUCUGGAAAACUUUACACGUGACAACAAAAGAGCAAAAAAGCUUAGGCGGUAUAUCAUUGUAGAAGCUGUCUAUCAGAAUUCUGGUCAAAUUGCACCAUUGGAUGAAAUCAUAAGACUGAAGGAGAAACAUCGGUUCCGUGUAAUAUUAGAUGAAAGCAAUUCACUUGGAGUUCUUGGAAGUUCUGGUAGAGGACUAACAGAACAUUACAAAGUUCCAAUUGAGAAAGUGGACAUUAUUACUGCUGCAAUGGGACAUGCAUUGGCCACUGAGGGAGGAUUCUGCACAGGAAGUGCUAGAGUGAUUGAUCACCAGCGUCUUAGCAGUUCUGGUUAUGUAUUUUCUGCUUCUCUGCCUCCUUAUCUCGCAAGUGCUGCAAUCACUGCUAUCGAUGUUCUGGAAGAAAAUCCCAAGCUUAUUGAAAAGUUGAAGGAAAAUAUUGCUAUUGUGCAUAAAGGUUUAUUGAAUGUACAAGGUCUUCAGAUAAUUAGUGACCGUGAAUCACCAAUAGUUUUUCUAAGACUGAAGACAUCCAAGGGAUCCCCAAAGGCUGAUCUUCAACUUCUAGAUGAUAUUGCUGAUCGGUUAUUAAAGGACCAUUCUGUCUUCGUUGUAACGACAAAAAGAUCAACCGUAGACAAAUGCAAGUUGCCUGUCGGAAUUAGACUGUACUUGUCUGCUGCUCAUUCGGAAUCUGAUCUGGGGAAAGCAUGUGAAUCCAUCAAGACAGUUGCUGCAGAUGUAUUGGCAGGUCAAUGAUCCCGGUUUUCUGAUAAAGUAAGGUUUCCCUUACUCAAGGGAGGCGUAGAAAACGGUAAAACCUAAAUUUAUUUAUUUCACACUUGUGCUGUGGAGCUGUAAAGAAACAGGGGAGUGACUGAGUGCAGCAUAUGCAUGUGUGGAGUUGGUGGAAUGUUGUUAGAUAUUGAACUUAAUUGGGCAGUGGAUGCAAUUUUUAGAUUUUGUUUUGGUACUCAUUAGGACAGCAAAAUGAUGUAAACAUGAAAUGAAGUUGAUAUAAAAUGGUACAAUAAUGGUGAGUUCAUGAAUCUAUCAUUAGAUUAUAUGUUAC